AUGGAUUUUGUUUUGGGUUUGCCGAGGACACCGAGUAAUUGUGAAGCUAUUUGGGUUAUUGUGGAUAGGUUGACGAAAUUCGCUCACUUUAUUCCGAUCAGGAUGAAUUAUCUGAUGGAAAGGUUUGCUAAGUUAUAUGUUGAGAAGAUUGUGAGUUUGCAUGAUAUUCCGUCAAGUAUUGUUUAUGAUAGAGAUAUGAGUUUCCAUUCGAGUAUUAGGAUGGCACCGUUUGAGGCUUUGAAUGGUAGGAAGUGUAAGACGCAUUUGUGUUGGUAUGAAUCUGGAAAAAGUGUUAUGGUUGGACUUGAGAUAGUUAAACAGACUACAGAGAAGAUUAAGAUUAUUCAGGAGAAGAUGGAGGCUUCUCAUAGUCGUCAGAAGAGUUGUCAUGAUAAGAGAAGGAAAGAGCAUGAGUUUGAGGUUGGAGAUCAUGUGUUUCUUAGAGUUACUCUGGUAACUAGUGGUGGUAGAGCUUUGAAGUCGCGUAAGUUGAUGUUGCAUUUUAUUAGUCCUUAUCAGAUUUCCGAGAGAGUAGGUGAAGUGGCACAUUGGAUUGCUUUGUCACUGUCACUUGCCAAUCUCCAUGAUGUGUUUCAUGUGUCUCAGUUUAGGAGAUACAUUGCGAAUCCAUCUCAUGUUGUCCAAUCAGAUGAUGUGCAAGUAAGGGAUGAUUUGACUGUUGAGACAUCACCUAUGUGGAUAGAGGAUUGA